AUGGCUCCAUAUGAAACCCUUUAUGGGAGAAAAUGUCGCACUCCGAUAUGCUGGGAUGAAAUUGGAGAAAGGAAACUCCUGGGUCCUGAAAUGGUACAAAUAACAACUGAUAAAGUAAGGGUUAUCAGGCAAAGAAUGAAGGAAGCCCAAGAUAGACAUAAGAGUUAUUUAGAUAACCGGAAGAGACCUUUAGAAUUCCAAAUAGGGGAUAGAGUAUUCUUAAAGGUGGCACCGUGGAAGGGCAUCAUUCGGUUUGGAAUGAAAGGAAAGCUUGCUUCGAGGUACAUUGGCCCAUUUGAGGUGAUAGCUAGGAUAGGGCUGGUUGCUUACCGCUUGAAGCUAUCGGCACACCUAGAGAAGAUUCACAAUGUAUUUCAUGUAUCAUUAUUACGGAAGGCGGAAGUGGAUCCUUCCCGAGUGUUACCUCCAGUUCCUAUGGAAGUAAAAGAAAACUUGACACUCGAAACCAGGCUAGUCAAGAUCAUGGAUCGGAGUGAAAAAACAUUGAGGAAUAAGAGAGUAUCACUAGUCAGAGUGUUGUGGAGGAACUCACAAAUUGAGGAAGAAACGUGGGAGAGAGAAUCAGAGAUUAAGGAAAAAUAA